GUAAUUUCAGCAAAAAAUCAAUAACCAUUUCUCCACCACCUAAAAUAAACACCAAGGAAAAUCACUACUAAUAAAUAAUAAUCAUACUCUUUCACACUUCAUAAUAAAUUUCUCUGCCAUGGCCUAACCUCAAAACGUUCCCACCAUGGCCCCUUCCUUCCUCAGCCUCGUUUCCCUUUACAGCCUUUACCUUCGCCGUUGCUUCACCUCCUCCGGCCUCACCUCACAAACCCUCGACUUGAAAAACGGAACAACAAUCCACUUCUGGGGUCCCAACCCCGAUCAAAUCACCCUCCAAAAACCUUCACUCGUUCUUAUUCACGGCUUCGGCCCCGUCGCUAUCUGGCAGUGGCGCAAACAGGUUCAAUUCUUCGCCCCUCACUUUCAUGUCUACGUUCCUGACCUCAUCUUUUUCGGAAAUUCCACAACGAAGUCCGCAGAAAGAUCAGAGGUUUUUCAAGCGCUUUCUGUCGGGAAGUUGCUGGAAAGCAUCGGUGUGAAAAAGUUCUCCGUUAUGGGCACCAGCUACGGCGGGUUCGUGGCGUAUCAUAUGGCGAAAAUGUGGCCGGAUAAGGUGGAGAAAGUCGUGAUUGCGAGCUCCGGUGUUAACAUGAAACGCAGUGAUAACGACGCCUUGUUGAAGAGGGCGAAACUGCAGAGUAUCGAGCAUCUUAUGUUGCCGGAAACGCCGUCGCAGUUGAGGACGUUAACCGGCUUAGCCGUCUCCAAGAAACUCAGUAUCAUUCCUGAUUUUUUCCUCAAUGAUUUUGUUGAGAAAUUGUACUCAAACAACAGGAAGGAGAAGAUGGAACUCCUAAAGGGACUCACCCUUGGAAAGGACGAUACUGCAAACCUUUCCCCACUUCAACAGGAUGUGUUGAUCCUAUGGGGAGACCAAGACCAGAUAUUUCCUUUGAAGAUGGCUACUGAACUGAAGGAGCUUCUAGGGGAGAAGGCGAGGCUGGAAGUAAUAGAAAAGACGUCCCAUGUGCCCCAAAUUGAGAACCCUCAAUUGUUCAACAACAUUGUCAAAAAUUUCUUAUGUGCCCCCUGAUUAAAUUGAUGUAAUGAGAUGUGGGUUUUCAUUAAACUAGCCAGAGGCUAAACCAAUUGCUGCAUGUAAUGCUUGGGUGAAUUUGGAAAAGCGAUGACUUGCUCAUGGCAUGGAAUUUUAUUUA